UGUGCAGGAGAAAGAGAAAUAGGAAAACAUUUUCCGAUCAUGUCACCACAUUGCAGCAUUUUUCCUCCAUUCCUAACCGAAUAUUCAUGAAUGGCAAGAGCCGAUCUUCUUGUAUAUUCACUCAGCAGGGCCGUAAGGGUAUAAACCAGGAUGCAAUGGUUGUGUGGGAAGACUUUAUGUCAGAAGAUGCAACUUUUUGUGGUGUCUUUGAUGGCCACGGUCCACAUGGUCAUCUUGUUGCCCGCAAAGUAAGGGAUGCAUUGCCAUUAAAGAUAUUGUCAUUCUUGCAUUCUUAUGAAUCAAAGCAAAGUGGUUCUAGUACUACUUGUUGCACUGGGAAUCUUAAGUUAGAUGGAGGAGAUCUUGAGAAGGAUGGCACUACAGAAUAUAAAGUGGGCUCUUUAUGGAGAGAAGCUUUUCUUAAAUCAUACAAAGCAAUGGACAAAGAGCUAAGGUCCCACCCUAACUUGGACUGCUUUUGCAGUGGCAGUACUGCUGUCACUAUAGUGAAACAGGGUGCAAAUCUUUUCAUGGCAAGUAUUGGGGAUUCUCGGGCGAUCUUGGGAUCCAAGGACGGUAAUGAUUCCAUGGUAGCGAUUCAGUUGACAGUUGAUCUAAAGCCUGAUUUGCCAAGGGAAGCUGAAAGGAUUAAACGGUGUAAAGGAAGGGUUUUUGCGUUGCAAGAUGAACCUGAAGUGUCAAGAGUUUGGCUGCCGUUUGAUGAUGCCCCUGGCUUAGCAAUGGCUCGGGCAUUUGGGGACUUUUGUUUAAAGGAAUAUGGGGUGAUCUCUAUUCCCGAAUUCUCUCACCGGAUUCUUACGGAAAGAGAUAAGUUCAUUGUUCUUGCUUCUGAUGGGGUUUGGGAUGUAUUAAGCAACGAAGAAGUGGUUGAGAUAGUAUCAUCAGCUCCUAGCCGGUCGUCAGCUGCAAGGAUCCUUGUUAACUCUGCAGCACGUGAAUGGAAAUCCAAAUAUCCCACAUCAAAGAUGGAUGACUGUGCCGUGGUUUGCUUAUUUUUGGACGGUAAAAUGGACUCAGAAUCAGAUUAUGAUGACCAAGGCUUCUCUUCUGCAACGCUUCAGAGCAAUCAUUCUGGCAAUGCCGUGGAAUCAGACGAUGGACAGAACUCUGAGCCAUCUUUGCAGAGAAAUUUCACUGUCAGAUCUGCUGAAGAACAUGAUCCUUACAAAAGAACUGUUGAGGCUGAAGUAAAUGGGGAGACUGCAGCUUAUGAGGAUCAGAAUUGGUCAGGUUUGGAAGGUGUUACUCGAGUCAACUCACUCGUUCAACUUCCCAGAUUUUCCGAGGAAAAACUGAAUACCUGAAUUUUCCUUAUUUUCUGAGAAAUUGACUGGGAUUAGCUUUGUUUUUACUAAUAUUUUGGCUUCUCGGCCUCACAAAUCCAAGCAAAUAGAAACUAUGCCUGGACUGAUGGCAUUGUUUUGACGGUUAGUGGUUUCAUUUUCCCAUUCUGGGGUGUUUUUAUUUACUCUGACUGCCCAAAAUUGAGCCAACUCUCA